AUGAGCGGGGUCAGAAAGGAAUCGUCAGAACCAAAUGAGAUUCUUCGACAAGAGGUUAGAACUAGUACUAGUUCGCCCUGUACACCAUCUGAGAUGUCGCCUCUGUUCCUGAACAAGAACACCAAGAAAGCAAUGCAAUCCAUCGCUCCGAUACUAGAGGGCUUUAGCCCAAAAACAUCGGCUAGCGAAAACAUGUCUCUGAAACUGCCUCCUCCCGGGAUUCCAGAUGACCAUAGCGAGGAAAACCUUAAUGUCCAUGACACACUACAAAGAACCAUAAGCACUGAAUCAGAAAAUGGGAAUAACGCCAAUCCAACCAGUACGUCUGGACUAAAGAAAGCGGAUAGUAACCCGAAGCCAGAGACGGAUUCUGACGGUCUACCCAGCAAUUCCAAUAAUGCCAAUGAAUCCGGUAGUAUAGACUCUACCUCUAAGACCGCAUCCCCACAAAUCCCACAAGCACCUGUUGACGUUGAACAGACUCCUGCUGCAAGCAGUUCGGCACCUACUUCAUCCACCUCUUCCCGCAAGUCCUCCACAAGUCAACCAAAACCAAAAUUGCCCAAGAUUGGGAAGAUUGGGGUCUGUGCAAUGGAUGCAAAAGUCCUUUCUAAACCAAUGAGACAUAUUUUGAACCGUUUGAUAGAACAUGGUGAAUUUGAGACUGUUAUUUUUGGAGACAAAGUGAUUCUAGAUGAGAGAAUCGAGAAUUGGCCAACAUGUGACUUUUUAAUAUCUUUCUUUUCAUCAGGAUUCCCCUUAGACAAAGCUAUAAAGUAUGUUAAAUUACGCAAGCCUUUUUUCAUCAAUGACCUGAUAAUGCAAAAAAUAUUAUGGGAUAGAAGACUAUGCUUACAAGUACUAGAAGCUUACAAAGUUCCCACUCCACCAAGACUCGAAAUCAGCAGGGAUGGAGGUCCCCGAGCCAACGAAGAGUUAAGAAUGAAGUUGCGCGAACACGGUGUGGAAGUGAAAGCUGUUGAAGAACCGGACUGGAAAAUGGUAGAUGACGAUACUUUGGAAGUUGAUGGGAAGGUCAUGACCAAACCCUAUGUUGAAAAGCCCGUAGAUGGUGAGGACCACAAUAUUUAUAUAUAUUAUCACUCUAAGAAUGGUGGAGGUGGUCGCCGUUUGUUUCGUAAAGUUGGCAAUAAGUCUUCUGAAUUUGAUCCUGCCUUAGUUCAUCCACGUACAGAGGGUUCCUAUAUCUAUGAAGAAUUUAUGGAUACAGAUAAUUUUGAAGAUGUUAAGGCCUAUACUAUUGGUGAAAACUUCUGCCAUGCUGAGACUAGAAAAUCGCCUGUAGUUGAUGGUAUAGUCAGAAGAAACACUCACGGCAAAGAAGUUAGGUAUAUCACAGAGUUAUCAGACGAAGAAAAAUCCAUUGCUGGAAGAGUAUCCAAAGCGUUUUCUCAGAUGAUCUGUGGUUUUGAUUUGCUGCGUGUUUCAGGUAAAAGUUACGUCAUUGAUGUCAAUGGGUUUUCAUUUGUAAAAGACAACAAAGUCUAUUAUGAUUCGUGUGCAAAUAUAUUAAGAAACACUUUCAUCGAGGCCAAGAAAAAGAUGGAUACGGAAAAAAAGAACUUGCCAAUUAUUCGUGAAGAAAAAGAGCAAAAAUGGGUGUUCAAAGGUUUGGUUAUAAUUAUCCGUCAUGCUGACAGAACACCAAAGCAAAAAUUCAAACACUCAUUUACUUCGCCUAUUUUUAUAUCGUUAUUGAAAGGGCACAAGGAAGAAGUUGUUAUCAGAAACGUAAAUGAUCUAAAAAUUGUUCUCCAAGCCUUAAGAAUUGCAUUAGAUGAAAAGGCAGGAAAUCCAGCCAAGAUUAAAGUAUUGGCAAAUGCUCUAGAAAAGAAACUAGACUUCCCAGGGACCAAGAUUCAGUUAAAACCUGUUUUAAAUAAGGAGAAUGAAGUCGAAAAGGUGCAGUUUAUUUUGAAGUGGGGCGGUGAGCCCACACAUUCUGCUAAAUAUCAAGCCACUGAGCUUGGGGAGCAAAUGAGGCAGGACUUUGAUUUAUUGAAUAAGAGCAUUUUACAGAAUAUCAAGAUAUUCUCCUCAUCCGAGAGACGUGUUCUUCAUACUGCACAGUACUGGACCAGAGCUCUUUUUGGUGCAGAUGAACUAGGUAGUGACGAAAUCAGUAUCAGAAAGGACCUAUUGGACGAUAGUAAUGCCGCCAAGGAUCUAAUGGAUACGGUGAAAAAGAAAUUAAAGCCUUUGUUGAGAGAGGGGAAAGAAGCUCCUCCUCAAUUUGCCUGGCCCCCAAAGAUGCCAGAACCGUACUUAGUCAUAAAGCGAGUUGUUGAGUUAAUGAAUUACCAUAAAAAAAUCAUGGAUAACAAUUUUGCUAAAAAGGAUGUCAGCACAAUGCAAACAAGAUGGUGUACUUCUGAAGACCCCAGUCUAUUCAAGGAAAGAUGGGAUAAACUUUUCAAGGAGUUUAACAACGUAGAAAAAGUAGACCCUUCUAAAAUCUCUGAAUUGUAUGAUACUAUGAAAUAUGAUGCCCUUCAUAACAGACAAUUUUUGGAAAACAUCUUUGAUCCGGGGCAUCCAAACGAAUCUAUCGCUGAUGAGUUAGGCACUCAUUCUUUGGUUGAUCGUUAUCCAAUUAAUAUUCUCGCCAAAAACAAUUUUAAGAUUGUAGAUAGCCAUAGUAUGAGUAAGAGCAGUAAUAGCGUCGGUUCUUUGGGUUGGGUCUUAGAAAGUGGAAAAACGUCUAGAUCCAGAAAAACCAAAUCCUCAUCUCAAUUUGAUGAGCCAAGAUUUAUGCAGUUGCGAGAACUGUAUAAGUUGGCUAAGGUAUUAUUUGAUUUUAUUUGCCCCAAAGAAUAUGGUAUUUUGGAUGCUGAAAAAUUGGAUAUUGGUUUAUUAACAUCAUUACCUUUGGCUAAACAAAUACUAAAUGAUAUAGGAGAUAUGAAGAAUAGAGAAACACCAGCUUGUGUUGCUUAUUUCACUAAAGAAUCUCAUAUUUACACCUUGUUGAAUAUCAUAUAUGAAUCCGGUAUUCCUAUGAGAAUUGCCAGAAACGCGUUACCGGAGCUUGACUAUUUAUCCCAGAUCACUUUUGAGCUUUAUGAAAGUACAGACGCUUCUGGCCAAAAAUCGCACUCAAUCAGACUGAAAAUGUCUCCAGGAUGUCAUACCCAAGAUCCUUUGGAUGUCCAGCUGGAUGACAGACAUUAUAUUAGCUGUAUUCCGAAGAUCUCCUUAACAAAACACUUAGAUAUGGACUACGUGCAACAGAAGUUGAGAAACAAGUUUACCAGAGUCAUUAUGCCUUCGAAGUUUACACCCGUAAAUAUUACGAGCCCAAAUUUGAGUUUCCAGAAACGCAAGACUAGAAGAAAGUCGACAUCUGUUGACAAGUCUAAACCUCCUGCUUCUUCUGGGUCCUCAUCAUCCACUUCUAUCAACAAGACGCCAGAAUAA